GUGGCUCACCACGUGCAUGAAACAUAUUCCCAAUGUGACUAUGUUCAGUUUUUCCUAGUAGUCAAUUCAAGAACAAAAAAGAAAAAAAGGGAUGUUAAGAAAAUUAAAAUUCGAGCAAAAACUCCUUUGCAUAGAAUACGGAUCUGCAGAUUUACUAUAUUGGUGUUGACUUUGUGUUUCCCUUACCUCUCUCCCCACCUUGUGUUUAUCUGAGGAGGGAAUGGUGAGUGAUGUCAAGAACGCUGCGAGUAACAAGAAAAAUCCAAAACUAACUUUAUUGCCUCUUAUUGCUCUAAUUUUCUAUGAAGUUUCUGGUGGACCUUUUGGUGUAGAAGAUUCAGUUAAAUCAGGUGGUGGCCCUUUGUUAUCCUUACUUGGUUUCUUGAUUUUCCCUUUAUUUUGGAGCAUACCUGAAGCUCUAAUUACAGCUGAGUUAGCCACUAGUUUUCCUGAAAAUGGUGGCUAUGUCAUUUGGAUAUCAUCAGCUUUUGGCCCUUUCUGGGGUUUCCAAGAAGGCUUUUGGAAAUGGUUUAGUGGUGUCAUGGAUAACGCUCUUUACCCGGUAUUGUUCCUCGAUUACUUAAAGCAUUCGAUGCCCAUUUUUAAUCACUUGGUUGCUAGAAUUCCAGCCCUGUUAGGAAUUACCGUCUCUUUAACAUACUUGAAUUAUAGAGGUCUGCAUAUUGUUGGUUUUUCAGCUGUUUUGCUUGCAAGUUUUUCCCUUUUCCCGUUUCUUGUAAUGGGAAUUCUCUCGAUUCCUCGGAUCAGGCCAAGACAGUGGUUUGUUGUGGAUUUCAAAAAGGUCGAAUGGAGGGGAUACUUUAAUACCAUGUUUUGGAACCUGAAUUACUGGGAUAAGGCCAGUACUCUAGCAGGGGAAGUUGAAGAUCCUAGUAGAACAUUUCCAAAGGCGUUGCUCGGGGCUGUAGUUUUGGUGGUUUUGUCGUAUAUAUUUCCACUUCUUGCUGGAACUGGAGCUUUAAAUUCUAAUCCUAGUGAGUGGAGUGACGGUUAUUUUGCAGAAGCUGGAAUGCUGAUUGGCGGCGUUUGGUUAAAAUGGUGGAUCCAGGCUGCAGCUGCAAUGUCUAAUAUGGGGUUGUUUGAAGCUGAAAUGAGUAGUGAUGCCUUCCAACUUCUCGGGAUGAGCGAAAUGGGAAUGCUUCCUUCUAUAUUUGCUUCAAGAUCAAAAUAUGGGACGCCCACUAUUAGCAUCUUAUGCUCUGCAACAGGCGUGAUCUUUCUGUCUUGGAUGACUUUUCAAGAAAUCUUGGAAUUUCUUAACUUCCUCUAUUCAGUAGGAAUGCUUCUUGAGUUUGCAGCCUUCAUAAAGUUGAGGAUAAAGAAACCAGAUCUUCACAGACCUUAUAAGGUCCCGUUGCAAACAUUUGGAGCAACAGUGCUUUGCCUGCCGCCUGCUUUGUUGCUUCUUUUUGUCAUGUACCUGGCUUCUUUAAAGACGUUUAUAGUAAGUGGCUCAGUCAUUAUUCUAGGGUUGUUCUUGUACCCUGCCAUAGUGCAUGCAAAGGAGAAAAAAUGGUGCCAUUUUAGUACAAAAGAACCAUUGGGACUUUCUAAUGAUCUUGAGGACCGAUCAGCAACUUCUGAACUGGAUCCAGUUGUUGCUGAUGAUGCGUCUCUUAGCCUACUCGGACACUCUAAGAAAGUACAAGAUUCUAGAAGCUUGGCACAAGAAAUCUCAACAGUGGAUUAGAAGAUACUGUCAUAUUUUGUGUACAUUUAGACCAGAAAGGGGAGCCUUGGUGCAGCUGUAAGAGUUGAUGCAGUGUGAUGUGGAGGAUCAAGUCGGGGAAACAAUUUCUUCCAGAGAUACGAGGUAAGAUACGAGGUAAGACUCUGUAUAAUAGACCCAAUGUUAUCCAGCUGUUUCUGGAUCCCACACACAGGGACUUUGAUGCCCCAGGCUGCCCUUUUUAUACCAGAAAGGAUUUAUAUUUACAUAGAUAUGCUGUUCACAGAAUGAGACACUAAAGGAGAAGAGCCCAAUUAGAUUUAUGUAAACCCUUUGAAUGCGUUAUACCUGAUGUAAACAUUAUAUAACUUAUCAAUACAAACCCGUGUCACCUUUCUUCUU